CGAAGGGCUGCACAGAGAACAGGAAGCCACGCCCACUCAGACACUUUGCUGCCGCUUCCGGUGUCGGCGUGUUAAGGGAAGUCGGGCGGAGCCGAGUGUAGAGAGUAAGGUAACGGUUUAUGGGGUAUAUGGUGUUUAUGGUGUAUAUUGGACUUUCUGUCACAGUAUUCAGUGUGUGCAUACAGUCCCGGGCUGUAACAGUGUAAUGGGCUGGGAUAGCCAGCAUCAAUGGGAUAUGACGGGCGGUGUAAAUAUAACAUGAUUACCGGGAGGAAUAGAUCUUCCUCUCAGACAUAUUGUAAUGACGGCAUGACCAGCUCACCUUCACUCCCACUGUGGACACUGAGUGUCUGGUGACUUUUGGUUUCUGGAGUUGUCCCAUUAUAUGGCAUUCCUAUUACCAACUUCAUCCAAAGGGCAUGCCGGUCCCUUGUGGAGGAGGGCACGCUGGUCACUUGUGGAUGAAGGGGGGGGCACGCCGGUCACUUGUGGAUGGAGGGGGGGGCACGCCGGUCACUUGUGGAUGGAAACACGCCGGUCACUUGUAGAUGAUGGAGAACACGCCCCGGUCCACUUGUAUGAAUGAGACACGCUUGAUCACUUGUGGAUGAUGGAGAGCCGCGCGGUCACUAUGUGGAUGGAGAACACGCCCGGUCACUUUAAUGUGAAUGGAGAACGCGCCCAGUCCACUUGUGGAUGAUGGAAGUACCGGUCGCAAUGAAUGGAGAACGCGGUCACUUGUAGAUGGAGAGCCUAACGCCCGGUCACUUGUGGAUGGAGAGCACGCGGUCACCCAAUAGAUGGAGAACGCGGUCACUUGUGGAUGGAGGGGGAGCCGCGCCCCGGUCCUUGUAGGUGGAGAACGCGCCCGGUCGCGUAAGGUGGAGGGCCGCGCGGUCACUUGUGGGUGGAGAGACGCCCGGUCCCGUGUGGAUGGAGGCCGCAUGAGUCCGUGUGGAUGGAGGGAGAACCGCGGUCACGUGUGGAUGGAGGGAGGGAGCCGCGCCCGGUCACGUGUGGAUGGAGGGGAGGGGGGGGGCACGCCGGUCACGUGUGGAUGAAGGGGAGGGGGGGCACGCCGGUCACGUGUGGAUGGAGGGGGGACAGGCCGUUCGCUGUUAACUGUUUAUCCCAGUUGCGUGAAUGUGAGGUUUUUGAUUUGACUUUUUAUUUUUUAAUCUUCGAGCUGUGAGUUCCAUGGUAAAUUGAAAAGUUACACAUAUAUAAAAUUUUUUAUUUUUUUCAUAAUCUUGUUUAGGUACAUAUUUUUUUUAAGGUACUUUUAAAGGUAACUUAUGUGCAUGUUAUCCGUUUUAUUUUGAUUGUCUGUGUGUGUCUCUCGACAUUUUACCUAAUGACUAUUACAUAUAUUCAGGGCUUGAUGCAGAUUAGCUACAUAGAAAAGUUCACUUGUGUCUCACUUGACAUGUUCAGGGUUACAUACUAAACUCCAAAUUUUUGUAAAUAUAAUGCAAAUUGCAAAACUGAUUAGAAAAAAUAAGCCACAAUGUGUGGUUUAUAUUGGAUAUGUUUUUAGUUUGGAUUGGAGGCUAUAUACAGGUGACACUCAAACAAUUAGAAUAUCGUGCAAAGUUCAUUUAUUUCAGUAAUGCAACGUAAAAGGGGAAACUAAUAUAUGAGAUAGGCGCAUUACAUGCAAAACAAGGUAGUUCAAGCCGUGAUUUGUCAUAAGUGCGAUGAUUAUGGCUUACAGUUCAUGAAAACCCCAGUUCAGAUUUCAGAGGAUUCCAGGUGAUGUAAGGAUGCCACAAGAACACCUGUGUAGCUACCACAUGAUUUACAUGAACUGAUAUCGAUUUAUAGAGAAUACAAGUUCAUAUAAAUUGUGCUUGCCAAAUUGCACUAAAUGUAUAGGCAAAAAAAUGUAUUACACAAUUUUUUUUAUUUCACAGAAUACCAAAAAUUAAAAUAGGGGAGUGGUGGUGCUCUCAACCUAUCAUUUGGACAGAAUAAUCACGAUAGAUAAUAAUAGUAUACUUUAAGCAUUAUAAGUGCUGUUUAAUUAGGUAAGAGUUAUGAAUGCCAGGGAAAGCACUCUCCAAAACAGAUUGACCUUAAAAAUAAAUAAAUGAUUUGACUUAUAGCACCAUAUCCACUACAACGAGCUGUAGUGGAUAUAGCUUAGUGUUCCCAUCAAGAGAAGCAGUUACAAAUAUGUAUUAAUAGCAUUCGAGUGUUUCAGGCCAUUUAGAUUGUUGGCACCCUCAAUAGAAUGUAAAACCAAAAAGAAACUUGUCUUAAACUAACACUUUUUUUGAUUGGAAAAAAACUUAAUAUAACAUGUAUUUGAAGCAAUGAUAGGAAGCCUUAGACAGAAUAGUGUAAUUGAUCUUACAAUAUUUCACACAAGGCCUAAAAUGUUAGUAUGAAAGCAACAAUGUGAUUUGUAGGUGUGGCAAACUAGGACACUGCUUUUCUGCAGAAAAUUAUUCAGGGCCCUACUGCAUGUGCUGCGCCAGUAGGCUUUGGCACAUAGAGCAGCAUUAAGGUGCUUCUCUAUGGAGAGACUUAAAGGGAUGCUAUAGGCACCCAGACCACUUCAUCUCAUUGAUGUGGUCUCGGUGCAGUGUCCAUGUUCCCCUGAGUCAUUAAAUGUAAAACAUUGCAGGUUUAGUGAAAAUUGGGGAACCAGCAGAAGUUACAGUACUAAGACUGCCUCUAGUGGCUGUGUACCAGACAGCCGCUGGGGGCGCUUCCUGGAGUUUCAGAGAGUUUGGCUCUGUGAAAUGCUUUGCUUUGCACGAGGAUGUCCAGUGUCAGAGAAAAUCCCAAAGGAGAGCAUUGAGGCAAUGCUUUCCUAUGGGGAAUGACUAAUGCGCGUGCCACUUGUUGCACAUGCGCAUUAGAUCCCCUUUUUGGAUGACACCGGAGGAGGCGAAGCGUGAACCAGCGAUGGAAUCGGGUAAGUGAAUAAAGGGUCGUUUAACCCUUUGCAACUAGCGGGGACCCAGAGGAGGUGCCGCAGGGGCUGAGUAAGGCAUUAGUGUUAGAAAUACAUCUUUGUUUUCCUAAUACUAUAGUGUUAAUUUAAUCCUGCAAUGUAAAGCAUAGGGAAAACUUCAUUGUUUGCCUCUACCAGACAGCCACUAGAGGCACUUUCUGUUGUUUAACUGAGCUUAACUCCUCAGGCAUUUAUUUCUACCACAAAUCCCUUCCUUCUGUGUGUCUCACCCCCCAGCCCUUCUGUGUGUCUCACCCCCCAGCCCUCCUGUGUGUCUCACCCCCCAGCCCUCCUGUGUGUCUCACCCCCCAGCCCUUCUGUGUGUCUCACCCCCCAGCCCUUCUGUGUGUCUCACCCCCCAGCCCUUCUGUGUGUCUCACCCCAGCCCUUCUGUGUGUCUCACCCCAGCUCCUUCUUGUGUGUCUCACUCCCAGCCCUUCUGUGUGUCUCACCCCCACACCCCAGCCUUCUGUGUGUGUCUCCCCCAGCCCUUCUGUGUGUCUCACCCCCCAGCCCUUCUGUGUGUCUCACCCCCCAGCCCUUCUGUGUCUGUUCAUCCCCGCAGCCAUUCUGUGUGCCUCUUUAUCUCCCCCAGCCCCUUUGUGUAUCUUUCUCCCACAGCCAAUUUGUGCAUCUGUUUCUCCACCAACUCCUUUGUGUCUUUUUUUUUUUUCCCUUCCCCAGUCCCUCUGUCUCUUUGCCCCCCCCAAGUGCGUCUAUGUUCCUUUGUCCCACCAUCCAUUCUGUGUGUGUGUGUGUGUGCCCCUCAGGCCCGCCGUGUGCCCCUCGGGCCCGCCGUGUGCCCCUCGGGCCCGCCGUGUGCCCCUCGGGCCCGCUUCUUUUAGACCCUCCCCUUACUGUGCCCUCUUAGCCCACUCUGCGUCUGUGCCCCUCAGCCCCUCUUUGUCUCUUUAGCCACCUCCUCACCUAUGCCCUCGUUUGCCCCUCGCCUCCUGUGGCCUUAAGUUAUGUAGCCCCCUUCCCACCCUUCCCUGUGUGUGCUCACCUUCAAGCCCAGACAGCCUUCCAGGAGCUCUAAGGGCCUUCAGGCAGGAGGCGGGGCUUAAACCGAAGGCUGUGCCUUCUCCCCUUAUGUAACCCCCUUCCUGUGCCAUUUUAGACCUCUCCCUCCUGUGCCCUUAUGUAUCCCCCCUCCCACCCUUCCCUGUGUGUGCUCACCUUUCAGCCCAGCCAGCCUUCCAGGAGCUCUGAGGGCCUUCAGGCAGGAGGUGGAGCUUAAACCAAAGGGUGGGACUUAGCUAGAGGGGCGGAGCCUACCGCUGCAAUGCCCUUCUGCGCAUAGGAUCAGCUAUGCAUGGCAGAGUUUAAUAAGGGGUGAGCUUCGUCAGCCAAAACCUCAGAGAAUUAGCUGAGGUGCGUUUGUGUGUCCGUGCUGUGUAGAAAUGUACAGUUUAUACUGUUAUCUUGGCAGGCCAGCUGCAAGGCAAGCAUCCUGGCUUCCACUCAACUGGUCUGCAUAACAGCUACGGUCUGCAUAACGGAUACUCUCUGCCUGGCUCAGACAGACGCAUUCCACCGCUUCCCUGCCUUUAUUUUCCCGGUGCUUAGUUUUAUUACUUUUUUCACGUGUACUUGAUUAAGAAAAGAGUGUCCGGGGCAGGGAGCUGCCUGGGAAUCCAAUCCACUGUUUUCUACUAUAAUGGUGGGAAACGGCACAGCCACGAGCUGGAAGGGUUGAGUUGAGGUAACUGGACUCCAGUACUCUAGAGGUUGGGAGUAUUGAGUGUUCUAGAAUGACAAACAGACUGCAUGUAACAACUUCUUCUGCAUUCCGUUCCCACCACAUAGGAAAUAUUACAGCAACAGUUACUCAGAGUUGUGUUAACUCUUCAAGGCCUUCAUUAUGUAGAUAAAUGCACUUUCCCUUUUGACAUUUUUUUUUUUUUUUUAAACCUGUUUAAUGUACCACACACGGGGGAGGGGAAGUGUAAUUUUCAGCAGGUUUGACCUGUUUUCUGCCAAAAUGGGAAAGGCCCGUUUUCUACUGAAAUUUCCGUGCAUCCUACUGCAAAGAUCUGAUACAGGUUUCCUUCUAAUGUUGUGUAGUGGGCUGAUGAAGGUAUAGUUAAGAAUACGGUAUGCUGACUAUGGAUCUCUUCCCCCAGGUCUUUACAUGUAGUAGUGUUAAAAGAUGAAUAUGAUUAUGGAAGCUUUAAAUCCCUAUCCUGGUUCCCCAGUAGGGACAAUGGCUGUAUUGUUUGAUGGCAAUGUAAAGAUUCUUUAUAAACCCUUGUUGUACUUUAUCUAAAAGAUGAAAAUCGCCUCAUCCUAGAAAUCUUAUGCAUGUAAUGCUUUCUUUUAAGGUUCAUCACUUGAGUAAUGGAUCUUCGACAGCUGUUGUUUUGCCUCUGUUUGUGGGUGGCAUGUACUCUGAGCAAGCCCACUGAGAAAAAGGAGCGUGUCCACCAUGACCCUCAGCUAAGUGAGAAAAUGCAUGAUGAUGCCCAAAACUUUGACUAUGACCAUGAUGCCUUUCUUGGAGCCGAAGAGGCAAAAACGUUCGACCAGCUAACUCCGGAAGAAAGCAAGGAGAGAUUGGGGUAUGCAAUUCAUUGUAAAAGAUCUUUUAGAUAAGUAAAUAAAUUGUACUCUUCUAUUAUGUAACAAGCCAGGGAAUGCACUAUUGUUGCCACUAAUGAGCAGUUCAAAUCCACUGGUGGUUAGUUGAUUGAUCUGCAAAUACUACAUGUUGGCAAUUUACCUGUGUUAACAUCCUUUCAUAGGCUUUAAUGCGUAUGUCUUGUAAGUGAUGUUUGUUCUUGUAAAUUCUUAUUGGCAACUAGUAAAAGUGAGAGGAAUAAUCAAGCUUAGCAAAUAGCAACUUGGUGAUCUAAUAAUAUUGGUUCACAGAGGCCGGGCUUGACAAAUUUACUUGGAAUCUAGGAGGCAGCAUAAAAAAAAAGUUAGGAGACCGUUUUUCUUUUUUUUUUUUUUUUUUUUCCAGCUAACAAAGAUUUAUUCUUAAUGACAAAAAUACAAUUCUUAAAGGUUCACUCUAGUCACCAGAAACACUACAGCUUAAUGUAGUGGUUCUGGUGUCCUAUAGCAUGUCCGAAUCAGGUAUCAUUCUGUUCACUCCUAAAUAGCACACACUUAAUUGUGAAAAUCCUGAUUUUGUUUUGGAUGUCUUGCAUUCUUGUCUUUUAACUAAUCAUGUCACAUUGUGCCUGCUGAAUACUGCUUAGUCUAAUUGUUCUGGUUCUACUUCUGCGUAGCUUUCUUCUUUUGGGCCUGGGCUGUUUAGAAAAGGAUGAGCACACUAGAUGAACAAAUUUGGCAUUCAUGCUCAAUUAAAAGGUUUCAUUCUAGAUCUCAUUUAGUAUUUCGGACAUUUAAUAACCUGAAAACUGUGUGACCGCUAAAGCAAUGGAAUAUUUACAGGAUAAUUUAAAACCUCGCAAUACUUUCUCUUUAAUCCAGGAGUUGCUAAAAGCCUGUAGAAUUUAGUAGAAAUUAAGUUUUAUCCAUAUGUCUAUUUUCUGAAAGUUUACUAGUGUACAAUUAAUAAAACUAUCUUAAUAACCUAGUAAAGUGUGCUGAGUAAUUGUAUGUGUCAUCGGUUCACAUUUCCUGUGAUAACGUUUCAUGCUCGAGUGUGAUUACCAUCGUUACAUGUAGCAUUGUCAUUGGACAGGAUGACAUCGAAUAUUACCAAUCUUUUAUUUGUUUAGGUAAAAUUCUAGACACUGUAAUUUGUGUAAAAAGUAAAAAAAAAAAGAGACAUGGCUCUCCAGGAUUUGACAGUCUCAGUUUUAAACAAUGUAUUUUUUUUAACCUUAUAAAUGUAUUACUGAUGAGACACUAGUUGUUGUCCUUGGAAUUUCUUCAUAAUCAUAAGAUGAUUACAUGUAUAUUGUGUGACAUCUUUAUAUGAAAUUCCUAUAUGUACACACAUAUAAGUCAAUAUGUAUUUUAGAAAGAGAUUUCAUUAUGCUUUUGACUGUAGACAUUAGUUCAUUGACUGCUACUAAUGCUUCUAUACAUCUGGGAAUAUUUAUAUGUAAAUAUAAAUUAUAUACAUUUGUGUGUUUAUUUCACACUAUUGAUGAUCUUUAUGAUCCUCUUGUUUCCAGCCUAAUCUGCUAUAAACCUCUACAAUUUCCCCCUUAUUUUCACCCUGUUUUUUCUUUCUCUGUUGGUUGCCAACCUUGACCUCACAGAAAGAUUGUUGGUAAGAUAGAUGCAGACAGUGACGGGCUUGUAACAGUGGAGGAACUAAGGGAUUGGAUAAAAUUUGCCCAGAAGCGGUGGAUUUACGAGGACGUAGAACGACAGUGGAAGGGCCACGAUCUCAAUGGGGACAACCUGGUGUCCUGGGAGGAAUAUAAAAAUGCCACCUACGGUUACAUCCUUGGUAGGUGUCCUGUAUCCCUUUACCAUCUUCAUUCCUCCCAUUUUUUCUUUAUAGAAUCAUUGUAAGUAAAAUAGACUUGGAUAAAGAUGGGUUUGUGACGGAGGGGGAGCUGACUGCGUGGAUCAAGAAGGCGCAAAAGAAGUAUAUCUAUGACAACGUUCAGCGCCAGUGGCAUGAGUUUGACAUUAACCAGGAUGGACUUAUAUCAUGGGACGAGUACAGAAACGUCACCUAUGGCACUUACUUGGGUAAGGGAGGAGUCUGCAAAGACAACGAUGGAAAACUCUUGAGUGCCUGGUUGACGUGGCUUAAGUUUUUUGUUUUUCUCCCUCCCAAAUUUUACGAGAUGCUGCCAAAGUAUAAUCAUUUUGUUGUUUUUUUCAUUGUAGAGUGCAAUUGUAGAAUAUAAAGGCAAAUAUUUCUAUCUACAAGAUGUGUAAAUGUACUUAUGUUUUGGCGCCUGCACAAGAAUUCCAUAACUCCUAAAACUAAGCUGCUAAAACAUAGGGGAUACUCUAACCACCAAAACAACUUAAGCUUAAUAGAGCAGUUUUGGUCGAAUUUUUAAAGUGACUUUCGUAUUAAGGCCAAAGCAGAUGAGAAGUCUUUUAGUUCAGCUAUUUUAAUCUUAAAGGAACACAAACCAGUAUUCCUGACACUAUAGUGUUGGCCCACUGCCUCCCUGACCUCCGGUUAGAAAGGUGAUUUACUCACGAUUUUCCAGCUCUGCACGGGUCUUGUUGCGGUUGGCCCCGCUCCCUUGACUGAAAUCAUUAAAUUUGAUAUCAGCCAAUAAACAUCUCCUCAUAGAGAUGCAUUGACUCAGUGCAUCUCUAUGGGAAAAGUUUGGUGAUUCCAUGCAGAGCGUGGAGACGCUGAACGUCGAUGCUGCACAUUGUGCAGCACUGACCAAGGAUGUACCUCUAGUGGCUGUCUGAGUGAUUACCACUGGAGGUGUCCCUAGGCAGUAAUGUAACCACUGCCUUUUCUCGGAAAAGGUAGUGUUUUGUUUAUUAAAAUAUUUGCAGGGACAGGCCAUACACAUCAGAACUACUACAUUAAGCUGUAGUUGUUCUGGUGACUAUAGUGUACCUUUAAAUUUGAAAUUCACUUUGAAUUUUAACUUUAGCGAAUAAGCCUCUUAGUAUUGAGAUCAUGCGCCUACAAUCUCUCUGCUCGGUUCCCUUCCAUUUUUGGAGUUAAAAUAUUUAUUUUGGUAUAUGCAGCCUUAGCCACACCUUCCCUGGCUGUGACUCCUAUAGCCUCCAUUAAAACAUUUGUUUCAUUUUCAAUCAAAUGAUGACAUUGCAAUGUGCUUACUUUAGAAGUUUGUACCUCCUGUUGUGUUAAUUGAACUUUAAUCACACACGAGGCUCCUGCAGACUAUUAACAGAGCAGGAGCUAAUGAAUUCUAAUUUAAGCAUAGUGUGCAAGAAAGGAAGUUUAAACAUCAGAUCUCCUUUUAAAGGAAUUGUCUAGGGGAAAUUGUUUAGGUUACCGUCGGGGGAUGUGUGACUAGGGCUGCAUAAAUAAAGUGAUUUAGCUCCUAAACGAUAGAUAAUUGAACAGUAAAGCUGCAGUGGUGUGAUCUAUACUCCAAAAACUCUCCAUUCUGCUAAAAUUGUUUUGGUGCUUAUCGUAUCCCUUUAUGAAUCAUUUUGUAAAUGUACAGGUUUUGAAUUUACAGAUGUAUGUACCUUAAAGAUAGUUUGUUUUAAAUCAGGAUAUUAAUUUCAAAUAUAUGGAACAUCUAGACCGUAAAGCAACAAAAAACGAUGGAGCCAUAUUUCAGAAACUUUAGUGAUUCAAUAUCUUCAGUUACAUGUGAUUCCACAAAGUAGAGAAUUGCUAUUACAAGUUCUAGAAUAGCUUAAUUUCCACACUGAAAGCUUCAAAAGUAACAUUUCCAGAGAACGAAUAAAAGGAUAGUGAGUGAUUCCUGCAUUUGUGUAUCUGUUUGAUAUCUCCUUGUAGUAUGAGUUUGUUCCUAUAUUGAGUGUAUAUAUAUAUAUAUAUACAUGUUUUGUUGUGAGCUGUCUUUAAUGCAGCUUGUGUAAGCAUUGUGUGUUGUCUGUAUCACUAAAGCAUACGCCAGCACCACAGAUAGUAGUUCAUAUACAGAAUUCAUAACAUAGAGUUCUUGAUGGUGGAUGGACACUGGAAAAAGAGUAACAAUGUAGUGUUGCGUAUAUAGUUUGUUUAAUAAUACAAUGUCAGGCGUUGCUUCCUGUAAAAUAUACUUAAGCCUCUGAUUAAUACUCUUUUGCCCCUUAGAUGAUCCCGAUCCAGACAACAGCUUCAACUACAAGCAAAUGAUGAUGAGAGAUGAGAGGCGCUUUAAAAUGGCUGACCAGGAUGGUGAUCUUAUUACCACAAAAGAGGAGUUCACUGCAUUCCUUCACCCAGAGGAGUAUGAUUACAUGAAGGACAUUGUGGUUCUGGUGAGUUUUUCUUAGGGGAAAGGUCUCUGUCCAUCACUAGGGCUGUGCAAAGUAUUCUCACAUCUUUGCUUACCUAUUGCAUUUCACUAUCCUCUUAUUUUGUAGAAGGGAUAAAUGGAGUGAAUUGAACUGUUAAAAAUUCCCCCACAAGGAUGUCCUGAUAUGUAUGAGCACAUCUCUGUCCAUGACUAAAAGCUGAAACUGAAAGAUAUAAUGUGGAACUGUUAAAUUUCCUUCUAUAUAUUGCCCAUAUCUGUUAAAUGUAUUCUAUUUUUGCUGAUUGCUUCUAUGUGCAUUGAGAUCAUAACAUGUAGUUUCUUUGUUAUAUAUGUUUCCGCAAGGUCUAGAUUUCAGACUUGUCCUGCGUUUUUAAGACGUUGUCGUGGUUGAAUAUAGCACAGUUAUAUUUUUUACUCCAUGUGAUCUUAUAAAUGUUAUUUAAAGCGACACUGUAGUCACCAGAACUACAGUUUAACGUAGUGGUUGUGGUGAGUAUAAUCAUUCCCUUAAGGCAUUUUCAUGCAAACACUGCCUUUUUCAGAGAAAAGGCAAUAUUUAAAUUGCCCCUAGGGACACCUCCAAGUGACCAGUCCUUAGAUGGCCACUGGAGAUGCUUCCUGGGGCAGUAGUGCACAGUAGGCAGCACUGCCUUUCAGCGUCUCCAAUUUCUGAGACGCUGAAUUAUCCUCAGAGAGAUGCAUUGAUUCAAUGCAUCUCUAUGAGGAGGAGCUGAUUGGCCAAAAUAGUGUUUGGCCCUGCCACCAUCCCAUCUCCAUGCCAAUUUCAGCCAAUCCAAUCCUUCCCAUAUGGAAAUAAGGUUUUAGCUCAUUCUAAGGGGGCUAAGAUGGGAAAAACCACCUAAAUACUGUUUUAACACUAUAGGGUCAGGAAUACAUGUUUCUUUAAGUGAUCUAUACUGUCUAUGUAUCAUAAAAUGGUUCUUCUUAAUUAGGGUACUACAUUUUAGGGAUCACAUGUGCUUUUACUCAUGCUUGUCUUUGUUCUUUCCCCAGGAAACCAUGGAAGAUAUAGAUAAAAAUGGAGAUGGAGUCAUAGACCUGGAUGAAUACAUAGGUGAGGGUAUAGGUUAUUCCUAAAAAGCCAUAUCAAUUGUGUUUGCUGUUUAACGUGACAAUUCAAGAACGGUUAAUAAAGCUGUGUUGGCAGUGUCUGCUUUGGCAGCAUUGGUGUAUAUGUUAUAUAGAAUUGUUUUUAUUUUUAAUCUGCAAGUAUACAGUUUAAAAAUAAAGUGACAGGUGUAAUGAUGUAGUAACUUUUAGCAAUUCUCUCAAGUCUGCAAAACCCCAAACUAUUAAGUUAAAAAGAAAAUGUUAACCAGUAAUGUGGACCCACAGGUGAUAUGUAUAACCAUGAUGGGGAUGCUGAUGAACCCGAGUGGGUGAAAACAGAGCGGGAACAGUUUGUGGAGUUCAGAGACAAGAACCGUGAUGGUAAAAUGGACAAAGAAGAGACCAAGGAUUGGAUCCUCCCCUCUGACUAUGACCAUGCAGAAGCUGAAGCACGUCAUCUUGUUUAUGAGUCUGACCAAAACAAGGUGAAUAUAUCACAGGGUUUUGGGGAAUAGGGUGGUAUUCAGAAAAAUAAGAGUAUAUGGUUCAGAUUGCACUUGUGCAAGAAGUAUCCUGUUCCUAGCAAUGUUUUUUUUUUUUUUGCUUGAUAUUCCAAAGUAUACAUAUUAUCAUAACAUCUUAUUUUUAGAUGACUGUUACUGACCUUGCUCUUCUGUUACCUGUUUUCUUAGGAUGGCAAGCUGACACGAGAGGAAAUUGUAGAUAAAUAUGAUUUAUUUGUCGGCAGCCAAGCUACAGAUUUUGGAGAGGCGCUCGUUCGACAUGAUGAAUUCUGAGGAUGAAGGGGAACCCAGCCAUUGUUCCAGUAACUCAUAAUCCCCUCUUCCAUGCUUGAAAAGAGUGGGAGAUGCAACAUUUUAACUGAGAACAAAAGUAAUUUAUUGCAAACAGACUUCCCAAUCCAAAAGAGUCAAGACUACAAAAUUUUUGUUUUUUAUAAAUGUGAUGCCACAACAUUUUCUCCAGAAUCCUGCCCACUGUGGCACUCUUGCUCAGUUUAGUGAUAUUUUCACACACACAAAACUGGUAAUUCUUGUCAAAAUGCACUUUACAGUGCUGGUAUCAUUGCAGUAUGUAUUCUGGAAAGGUCAGCGAUGACUCCCUUACACAGCAAGGCUGUUUCUCAUGAGGCUAAUUUGAAUGCUGUUGUGUGUUUGUCACUGCUCUCCGUCUUCCAGUAAUCCCAUGUUUAUUGUGUAUCUUGGUAAUUUUUUUUUUUUGAGAAAUGUGUACAAUUUAUUUUAAACAAGAAAUUAGUGAUGGGUCUCCUUUGACAUGUUGAAGAAACGGUUGUUUUGUAAUUAAAUGUCCAUAAUUGUUUGAGGCCUUCAGAUUGCCUUAUGUAUAAAUAUACUCCUUUCUGUGUAUUCCUCAAGUUGUACUGAAUGGGGUAAUCUGAUAGACUGUUUUCUCGGGGAAAGAGUGAUGAAUUCCAGGUCAAUUUGCUGCCUAUUUCUACAUCUAGUAUUUUAUUGAAUUAUGUCAAUGUAAUCUUUAAGUAAUAGCCUAAUAGCUCAGUAUUGUCACCUACUUCCACCAAGCUUUACAACUCUUUGCAUUUAUAAGUUUCCUGUAUAAACAAGGUGCAAUCAUCAAAUUUUACAUUUUAUAAAUAAGCCUGGUUUCAGGUUGUGGACCUUUUUCAUCCUGAUUGCACAUUGUUUAUACAUGCUGCAUAAGGUGUUAUGCAGUGUUGGGCUAGUUGAAUACAGGAGGGCUUUAAUCCUUUAUUUUUUGCUUAGGCUCUAUGUUGAUAGAAGAAAUGUUAGUCAUGUUUAUAUAUAACAUGAUGUUGGUGUAAGACCUCUAUUAUCAUGUCCUCCACUUGACCUAGUUCCUUAAACAGCAUUUUUACGAAAUAUGUAAUGCCUCAUAGGCCAGUAUGUGUUAAUGUAUGAUGAAGGAGCUAGAUGGCAUUCCUGCCUUUGAUUUGAGCGUCAUUUUUAAAUUUAUGUACAUUGAUUUUUUUUUUUUCUUAUCAUUCAGCACAAUGCUUUAAUAUAAUCAUGUUUAACACGGGUGUAUAGUUUGUACAAGUGAUUAUCCUUGAAUAUAUAAGAAGAAUCGUUGUAUAAUGGUAAACCAGGUGCUUCAAAAAAUAUCUAACAUCAAUGCUGUGAGCCACAUAGGUAAAACUAAUUUCUCCUUUUACACUGGGUAACAUAUGCAUGUGAUCAUGGUACACUGCAGUGGCUAAUAUUUUAGAAUACACCACAUGUGUGUGUGGUUUUUUUUUUUUUUGUGUGGCUUUUUUGUCUGUAGAUAUUGACAGACUUAUGGAAAGAUACUGAGGUUAUUUCCAAGCUGUUUUAUACACCAACAUUAUGGGUUUUAUAAUUGUGCUCUUCUUAAUACCUGAAUUAUUCUGUUAUAGGUAGAUGAGUUAUUUUAAUGAGAUGCAAGUUCUUGAUAAUUUUGGCUUAAUCACUCCACACGUGACAUAUCAGUGUGGUAUGGUCCAUUUUAAAUGUAGCUAUAAACCCAACUGUUAACCACCAUGGUAUCUAGUUUUAUAUUGUGUGAAUCCUUUUGAUAUACAAUAUGCCUAAGGUUUUGUGCUUUUUUUUUUCUCCCUGUGUUAAUGUUGUCCGUCCUUAAGUGAAAGUUUUGUUCACACUACAUUUUAACGAACAAGUACAAUUGUUUCUGUAUAAAAAGAAAUCAGUUGAGCAGUCAUUUGUUUUUCUAUACAUUUUGAAAACCAGAAUGCCAUCAGAAUAUUGAUAUAAAAUGUACCAGGAACACUUUGCAUGUUAAAAUUCUUACACUGCAGCCCAAUAAUUCUAAAAGGAACAUCAUUUUGAAUGUGCAUAGGGAUUGUAUUUUUUUCUGACCCUUUCUCUGGAUAAAAAUCAUUGAGAUAAAGUGAGAACUAUAAUAUACUAGGCACAAGGCCAAAAUGCUAUAAAGUAACGCCUCAUUCAUUUCAACUAUCAAGUGAGCUAUGAGUACACUUGGACAUCAGUUCCAUGUUUACCUUUGCUGCUGAACCUAAAGGGACACUAUAGGCACCCAAACCACUUCAGCUCAUUGAAGUGGUCUGGAUGCAGUGUUGGUGUCUCACUUAGUCCCGCAAUGUAAAUCAUUGCAGUUUUUAUGAGAAACUGCAAUAAUUACAUUGCAGGACAAAGACUGCCUCUAGUGGCUGUCAAUCAGACAGCCACUAGAUUCACUUCCUGCUUGCUAGGUGACUUUUUUUAGUCACCUAAUUGAUGCUACAUGUCUGCACACUCUACAUGAGGACAUCCGGUGUCAGAGAACACCCCAUAGGAAAGUAUUGCAGCAAUGCUUUCUUACAGGGAGGGCCUAAUGUUCUCAUUAGCCCGCUAUACACUAUAGUAUCCUGUUAAGUGAAGGUUUCCGUCUACUCUAAUAUAUUUCAUAGAAGAAAAUGGGAGUGCUAACUUUACAAAUCUUUAUUUGUGACUCCCAACAUGUUUGUUUUAAGCUCUUAAACUACAUGUAGAGCAGGGAUGCUCACAAGGUAGAUCCCCAAAUGUUUUAAAACUACAUCUUCCAUGAUGCUUUGUCACUAUAAAGCAUUCUAAAGCCAUGCAAAGCAUCAUAGGAAUUGCAGUUCUACAACAUUUUGGGGAUCUACUUUUUGGGCACCCCUGUAAAGCUUAGUGAGUGUCUUUUCUUACAUGGGUUAUUCAGUAAAUCAGAAAUUGCCAGGAAUUUAAUUAUAGGUCUAUUCCUAAAAUUAGCAAAUACUUGGUAAGUUUCAAAAUGUUUAGUUCUCCUACAAGAUAUUCUAGGAUAAUAUAAAUGUCUUAAGUAAGGGAAUUAAACAGCCCAUUGUUUAAUGGCAAAUGCAGUAUUACAUAAAUGGCAGGUUAAGAUUUUUUUUAAUUUUUUUUUUUUUUUACGUUGCUGUAAUGUGGUAGAGCAGUGGGGUAGGCAUCUUUUUUCACUACAAAUGUUAGCCUACACCUUCCAUAAUGCUGGCAAAGCAUCACAGACGUAGUCGUCCACAAUAUUAGAAGUGUUGAAGGUUGCUUACCCCUGUUGUAAUUUUGAUGGGUAGAUCAAAUGCUAAACAUCUGAUAAAUGUGAGGCAAGAAAAAUAAAUUGUUUAAUGUAUUAUCCAAUAUGUUUAUGUAAACGAUGGAGGUUUAGACCUUCUGAUCGUUGCAGGCGUAUCUGUGUAGAGUUGCCACUGACUUUGUAGGCUCACACACUACUUUUUUUUUUUCUUUUGGAUAAAUAACUCUUUUCAAAUCUGAACUGCUAAAUCCACCCCUGAAAGUUCCUCUUGCUAUUUGUAUUCCAUGUAACACGUUUUUAAACACUACUUGUUUGUUUGUUUUUGUUUUUUUUUGUACAAUAAUGCGCCUUGGGGUGCACCCAAUUAAAUGUUUAAUAACAUUGCUAUUGUCUUGUAUUUCACUUUUCUAAAAGAAAAUGGCUGGAGGUCAGACCAGCUCACAACUAAUACAAUGUUGACCAAGGGUUAUCAUGCCACCCUGGAGACUGUUUCCAGCACAGAUAAGUCAGUCCAGCCUGUAUAGAUCCUUGUCUUGCUCAGGAAUCAGAAAAGAGGCACAUUGCCAGCUUCCCAGUGGAAGGAAAGGCCCCCAUCAUGUUAGGGGGGGGGAAAGUCAAUUUACUAUAACAUAUGUAAUUGCAGCAUGUGGGGGAGGGCGGGGGGCUUCUGACUAGAUUGCAUGACUUUCACCCCCAAAAAAG